AUGGCUUCCGCCUCCAGGCGAGACUCUUCCAUCUCCUUCCCUACUCUGUCUGCCUCGCCCACAAAGUCUCCGCUUGAAACGCCUCUGCCCACCUUCUCCACUUCCCAAUGCUCCGAGGAUUAUCAUGCGCCUAACUUUAUGCCAUCACCUCGUGCCGUCAUCACGACGCAUUCUUCCCAACCCAACCGUCACUCGAUCGUUUCGGACGAUUCAUCGGCUGCUUCUUCCGCCGACUACUUUGGUACCAAUGCGGCCACCAGCAGACCCAUCUCGGCCACUACGCUUGCCUCCUCUCGCCCAUCCUCGGUAGCUUCCAACGCAUCUUCCGCAAGCCAUGUUCAAGGUCAGCUCACCUCGUGUGCCGAUCUGCUCAGUCCAGGUCUUGCAUCUGCUCUUGGUCUUUUGCCCCCUCAAACAGGCACCAUCGCCUUUCCCUCCUCCACCAGAAAUACGGCCGGCCAACCAUCGCCAGACCCAAACCUCAACAGUGUUGCCGCGUCUCGUCCAGCCCAUAGACGGAUUCGCGCACAGAGCGCGCACACCGGCGCUCUCGCCAAUCGACGUCCCUCGCUGCCUACUGCGCCUAUCACGAGCCAUCGCAUCAGCGUUGCCAGCGUAUCAAGCUUCGAGAGUUUACCGGAAGAUGAGAUUGUACAAGGCUUUCUCGCUCCUGGUGCGAUCCAGCCCAAGUCACGCGCGCUCAGCUACGAUCGCAUCACUCGAAGCGCUGCAAUAAGUCCUUUGAACACGAAAGACGAUCAUCUGCGCAGUCGCACACCCGAACGCUCCGGCUCAGCCACUUCACUCGACAGCGCCUCCAUCGCCAACUCGUCGGACGAAUCAUCCGCUCCAGAUCAUCCCUCGCUUUCAGAUACUGCCCUGCGUCUAUCGUCGUCAACUGCUUCUUCUGCUCAUGGCGCAGCUGCUAGCACCGUCAGCUCAUCUUCCACCAUCACCGCUAGCUCUUCUCGCCCCAGCUACUUUUUCCGGCGCGCUGCUACCUCUCCUGUCCCGGCCGCAGACCUGUCGCUUCUUUUCGCGCAUCGCAAACGCAGUGCAUUAGAACUCGUCGACACCGAACGCUCGUUUGUCGCCAGCUUGACCUUGAUCCAUGAAGAAUACUACCAGCCCCUCUUGGCCAGCCUGGGCAAAGGCAAAGCACCUGCGUCCGCUUCUGUCAAUGCACAAGCCCCCAUCCUGUCGCGCAAAUCGAUCAACGAUAUCUUUUCCAACUUUUACGACAUCAUGCAGCUCAGCAAGGAGCUUCUCAGUCAGCUCGAAGAGCGUCUACACCCCCUUGCCCCACAAGACUCUGUUUCAGUAUCAGACUCGAGCCAGAUCAGAACAAACUCGACCACAGAGAUCCAAUGGGACGCGUCUGUCGACUGCAUCGGCGACAUUCUUGCUACAUUGGCACCUUUUCUCAAGAUGUACUCGCUCUACGUCAAGAACUUCAGCAGCGCACUCCAGCGCAUCGACUACGAGCAAAAGAACAACGAUGCUUUCGCCAAAUUUCUCAAAGAGACCGAUCAGAAGCGUACCGCCAAGGAAAAAGUCACAUCUGCCUCGGGAAGCGUCAGACAAGCCUUUGGCUACGGUCUCGGCUUCCAGGCUCAUCUGCUCACCAUCGUCCAGAGAAUCCCGCGAUAUAAGCUCCUCGUAGAAGAACUGCUCAAAGCGACUCCAGAGACGCACCCUGACCAUAUCGAUCUCGUCCGCGCAAGCCACAUGAUCGAGCAGGUGGCGUCUUACAUCAACGAAAACGUUCGCCAGCACGAAAUGGUGCUCACCAUGCUGGGCUUGCAAAAGAGCCUCCAGGGGCUCACCGAACCGCUCGUUGUGCCUGGAAGGGCUCUCAUCAAGCGCGGAACGCUCAUGAAGACGUGUCGUCGCAACAUUCAGCCUCGCGAGUUUUUCCUUUUCACCGACUGCCUCAUCUACGCCAGCCCCAUCUCGGGUAGCAUUGAGUCGGCAUCGGCGGCGUGGACAGCGUUGGCACAGCGCGGUGGCCUGUACGGAGCUAGCGCAGUGGAACAGAUUCAUUCGCCCAUCAUGUCAACACCUCCUUUGGGUGCUGCAUCACCCAUCGAAUCUGUUCUCACACCGCCGAGCGUGGCCGCUGCUCCCUUGGGUCCGCGUGCCCGGCUUGCAUCUGUGCCAGAGCCUUAUACUCCCUUGGCUGGUGUCAUCUUUUCGUUAGCAGGGCACCAGCUGCAGUUUCGAGACAAGUUUGGUCUGCGUGACUGCACCGUCGUCAGCGUCGACGGCAGCAGCAGCGAGGGCCUACGCCACUGCUUCGAGAUCCGCACACCAGACAAGUCGUUUGCCGUCUAUGCCGAAAAUCAUGCGAGCAGGGAAGCUUGGGUCAACUGCAUCCGCGAUGCCCGUUCCGAUCUUAUGUCUGCACGUCGAACGUUGAAGGCCGACGAGGACAGCAUCGAGGCCAAACGGGAGAGGCGCCGAUCACUGUACCAAGUUGACGCAUCCAAACCAGCUAACCGACGUCUCAGCACACAGAGCUUGGGAGCCUAUCUUGCUGCAACCCACUUGAUAGGACAAGACAAGACCCCUGCACCAGCAGCAGAUCAAUCCGUCGGGGCGAGCGCCUCGAGGUCCGUGUCGCGAGAGCGCGAUGCUCCGCAACGUAGAUCUCGCGUGGACUCGCUUCCUAACCUGCUUAUGCGACCGCCGUCGUUUCCCUCCUUUGCUGCGAACGGAACCAACCUUUCGUUGGCAAACUUGCUCGCCUCCUCGAACCCCUCCUCCGCAUCCUCACCCCCACUUCGUGUGUUGGAGGAUUACAAUGCGCCCGUGUGGGUACCAGACAGCCGUGCGGACAAGUGCUGCAACUGUCAAGAAGCCUUUGGCAUGUGGCGCCGUAAGCAUCAUUGCCGGCUUUGUGGUCAGGUCGUAUGUUGGACCUGCUCGCAGCGCUCGUUUCUAAUUCCUAGCUACCAAGAUGGUGAGCCGGAUCGACAAGCACGCGCAUGCGAUGGAUGCUACGACAGUGUCUUUCCGCCAGAUGCUGCUGAGGAAGCGGAGGCAGCAGCAGCAGCAGAGGCCUCUGCAGCUCCUGACAGUGCAGAUAUGUCAUCUGUGCCAACUACGGGCACCGAUGGGAGCGUUGCUCAGGCUUUUGGUGCUUACCGAAUCGGCGCUUCGGACGCUGACACAGACGCGGAGGGGAGCCGCCAAGGCUCGCCACUAACACCGCCCUCCAUGCACACUUCAGCAAUGUCACUGGUGGAGCAGUCGUCCGUAAAGCCUUUGAUCACAGCAGACGUGAUGGUGGGUCGAUCCGCGAUGGCCAACAAGGACAACAACACUGCGCGGCCCAAGUCGUUGCGAUUCGAGGCUUUGCCGCCGCCCGAGCUCGAGAUCGAUUCUAGUGAUAGAGGCAGCAGCAGCGAUAUAUCCAGAGCACCGGUUUCUCCGACAACAUUGUCUGCACCCUUGGCAUUGCCGGUCAGCCAGCCAGCAUUGGCUCCGGUGGAGCGCAGGGGCAGCGCCAGUGCACGCACUUCGCCGUCGCGGCCGAGCCAGCCGCCCGUGCUGCCAGCCCGCUCCAAAUCGCUGGCAGGUCCCCUGGCUUCCGGAUCGCCGCGCGUCAUAUGGCCCGAGGCCAGAUUGAAUCGCGCCUCUGCGUUGGAAGCCCAUCAUUUGUUUAACAACCACCAUCGCAGCUCGCAGAUUCAGGCGGCCACCUCGGGCUCGGGCACUUUCCGUCUGGUCACGCCAAGGCUGACAACGCCCGAAGCAGAAAUACCGCCUGGUAUGAGUAAGCGCACUGGCUUGUCUGCCAGCAUCCUUGACGCCGCUUAUUUUGGUGGAGCUGCAGGCGCCAUCCAGGAAGAUGCCGCCGAAGACGAAAAUGCCACACAGGCUGCUGUGGCAAGCACAGGCACAAGUCCGCUCAAGACAUCGGAACCAUUCAAGCCUUGGAUGCUGCAUGCCAUGUCGCCUGCGGGUGGUGCUCCUCAAUUACGACCGGCUCGUAAACGGCCUCUGAGCGCCGCGGCUCGCCUGAGCAGCUUCUAUGGACCUCUGUUGUCCAACAGCAGCAGCACCAAUGCUAGGCAGCAGGGUGAAGAUGCGCGUGCCAAUGCAUCUUCAGCCUCUGCGAUUGGCGAAAGCACUUCCAAAUAG